AUGUCGGCAGGCGGCCCGCCGUCGGCCUCCUCGGCGCCGGCCCCCCCGGCGCAGGCAUCCGGCAAGGGCGGUUCGGCGCGGCCGGCCGCCACGUCGCGACGCGCCACGGCCGUGCGCACCGGCACCCCCCCGGUCGGGGGCUCCGGCGCCUCAGCGCGACAGGGGUCCUCCUCGUCCGGCUCCGGGGGCUCCUCCUCCUCCUCCUCCUCCUCGAAGGGCAGCGGCUCCUCCGGUGGCGGGUCGGGCAAGUCCGCCAACAAACCGGGUGCCAAGUCCGCCAGCGGGGCCUCUCAAGGCAAGGCUGCCAGCCAGGCGUCCCGCGGGGGCGGUGCAGCGCAGUCGACGCCGGCCGCGACUGCGGCGACGGCUUCGUCGGCGGCCGCGGCAUCGGCCGCCCCGUCGACCGUGACCGGGCCCCCCGCCGCCGGGCCGGCCACCGCCACCGCCAUCGCCACCACCGCCACCGCCGCCGCCGCCGCGGCGGCCGGCUCGACUGCGGCCCCCGACGACUUUAAGGCCAUGCGCGAGCUGGACAUGUUCCUGGACACGGCCGAGCACCUGGCCCAGGAGUGGCGCAAGCGCCUGACCAAUAUCCGCGAGUUGGAAGAGCUCUCGGCCGAUUUGUCGGCCGUGACGCACGACAAGAUCCUGUACUUUUGCCGGAACCACGCGGAGCUGGGCCCGGACAAGUGUGACGCCCUGCUGCAUGACAUUUACCGGAGCCUGACGCACCUGCUGCCUCUGAAGACCAACCAGGAGCACCAGGUCCUGCUGCUGAACCAGUUUUUCCAGCGCGCCGUCGGGCGCAUGACCCGCGCGGCCACCACCCUGGAGGACACCUACACCCCGGAAAUUGCCAUCCCCUAUGUGGAAAGCUCCCCCUCCGGGGACCUGCUGGUGGAUGUGACCUCGGAGGGGGCCGGCCCGGAGGAUGGCCGGUCGGACUACCGCGGCGGCACCGGGCCCGGGGGCUCGCACUCGGCCAUGUCCGGCGGCGGGUCCCAUCAGUCGCCUGGCAUCACGGCCGGGUCGGGCUCCAGCAGCCGGGCCGGCCGGGGUGGGGCCUCGGCCGAUGGUGGCGCCGGGCCCGGUGGCAGCUCGCGGCAUGGGUCGCACCGUGAUGGGUCCGGGUCCGGGCGUUCCGGCGGCGGGCCCGGCUCCGGCGGCGGGCCCGGCAGCGCGUCCGGCUCCUCCUCGCAUGGGUCGCUGGCGGUGGCCAACGCCGGGAGCCGGUCAUCGCGCGAUUCGCCAUCGGCCUCGCGCGGCGGCCGGGGCAGCUCCCCGGCCAUCGACAGCCCGGGCGGCGGAGCCGGGGGCGGCCGGCCGGGCGGCUCGCGGGCCGGCUCCGACGCCAAGCGCGAAGCCGAUGGCCAUUCGCGCCGCGACGACUCGGCCAGUCGGCUGGACGGGUCGGCCGACCACCCCCGCAAGCGCCCCAAGUUCGAGUCCCCCAUCGAGGAGCGCGUGAAGAAGAAUGUCAGCAUCUACAAGGGCAAGAACCCGCCGCCCCUGUGCGGGCCGACUCCGGCCGAGCCCGGGGCCGUCUUUGCCCCUGGGGACUUUGUGGCCGCACUGACCGGCAAGGGCAAGGCCAAGACUCAGGAGUGGAUCCUGGCCGAGGUGUCACGGCGCCUGUCCCGCACGCGGUACGAGGUGACCGACGCCGAGAACGAGGACGAGCAGGAGCCCCCCAAGCGGUAUACCCUCAAUUCGGACAUGAUCAUCCCCCUGCCGAAGAGUCUGCCCGAGCCGCCGAAGGAGAACGCCACAAACUACGUCCCGCAUGAGUUCCCCCGGUUCAAGAAGGUCCUCUGCCUGUAUCCCGGCACCACAUGCUUCUACGAGGCCACUGUCGUGCAGCCGCCCUCGCUCCGGCGCGCCGGCAACGACUACUUGGUCCUCUUCGAUGAUGACGAUGAGAGCGACGAGAAGUUCAAGUCCAUCUCCCAGGUCUUCGUGCUGAACCUCCCCGGGCAGGACCCCUUCGAGGCGCCCAGCUCGCCCGGCUCGCAGGCCGUCAUGGAUGUCAUCAACGCCUCGCGCGAUAGCCUCCCCCGGCAGCAGGGGGCCAGUGGGUCCGGCGCCUCGACCGGCGGCCCGGGUGGCAGCCGCGGCGGUGGCGGCGGCGGCGGGCACGCCUCAAGUGACAAGCCCGGCGCCGAUCGGCCCGCGGCCAGUGACAAGUCCUCGACGGCCAGCGAAAAGCCCUCCCCCGCCGACAAGUCCGCCUCGGAGGGCAGCACCCCGGCCAGCUCGGCUGCCGGGGGCACAUCCUCCGGGGCGGCACCGGCACCGGCACCGGCCGCGCCAACGGCCACACCCGACAAUACCCCAGCCCGCAAUGGAUCGGGAGCCGGCGGCCCCUCGGCCGCCAAGUAG